UUGAAACCCUCAAAAAUGGCCCUGAAAGUUGAAGUUUAUGAAAAGGAGAAAGUGAGGCCAUCUUCACCAACUCCCCAAACCUUGAGAUACCACAAGCUUUCUCUCCUUGACGUACUUGCCGGGCCUUUUUAUACCCCGCUAAUUUUGUUCUACGACUCCGCCGCCGGCCCUCGUCGCCACGAUUAUGAUGAGCUCAGGGAAUCGCUCUCUAAGACAUUAUCCGUCUUGUACCCGCUGGCUGGAAGACUUAAAGAUGGAUCAAUAAUCGAAUGCAACGAUGAGGGCGCGGAUUUCGUCCGAGCUAAUGUUACGAAUUACGAUUUGGGUGAGUUUCUCCGGUACCCGAAGCUGGAAGAUCUACGGCUGCUCCUUCCGCGUGAUCCGUACCCGGGCGCUAUUGAUCCGGCCAUGCCAAUGUUAGCUGUUCAGGUGACCAGGUUCCGGUGCGGCGGGACUGCGGUGGCGUUCUGCACGUGGCACGGGGUGGUGGAUGCGAUUGGGAUGGCCGGAUUGUUCAACACCUGGGCCGCAAUCAACCGUGGGGAAGGGGAAGCCACUUAUUCCGGCGGCGGUCUCGUCGUGGACGUCGCCGCAAUUUUCUCGCCGGCGAUUCCCAACAUCUCCCAGGUAAUGCUCACUGCCUAUGCGGGAAUGAAAAAGGAGAUGCGGAAAUACACCACGAAAAGAUUUGUUUUUAGCAAACAGGAUAUCGAGCGGAUCAGGAGCCAGUACAGCCAAUCGGAGCAUCACCGCCGUCCAUCUCGAGUGGAGGCGCUCUCGGCGUUCGUAUGGGCGGCAGUGAUAAGAGCAACUCUACCGGUGAACCCAAUCCUCAAGACGCACUGGCUCUCACAUAUUGUGAACUUUCGAAAGAAGUUGAACCCACCCUUACCUUCAAAGUGCCUAGGCAACAUCCUCUACGGGACUGACACCGUGUGGGAAGUAGACGGCGGCGAACCGGUUAUUGGCCGGUCACUUGUAGGAAGAGUGGUGGAAGCCAUGGACAAGUUUACAAGCGACUACGUGAGGGAAAUGCAAGCGGAGGGUGGAUUUCUCAAAUCGGUAAGAGCUCGACGAUCAAAGAUAAGUGAUUACAAUGAAGAUACUCAAGAUGGGGGAGUAGAAGUGUGGAUUGGAUUGGAACAUGAAGUUAUGUGCAAUUUAGAAAAGGACACGGAAUUUCAAUCAUAUGUGUCGUCUGUCCAUGUCCUUUAUGAAUCGUCUGGUUGUCCAAGAAGUGCACUUUAAUCUAAGGCCGAGCGACAUAUGGUUUAAUUUAUGGAUUUAGAUAGGAGAAAGGAAGUGAAAUCCUACCUAUAUAUGAUUAGUCGGCCACUACUUUUAAUAACUUCCCUAUGCAAUCUCCUUUAAAUAACCAAAAUCCAUAACCAAUGUCAUUUAGAAGCAUCAUUUCUUCUUAUCAAAUAAUGAUCUUGAGUUGAUGAUAUUUUUACGAUAUGUAUUCAUCAUUUUACUAAGUUUGUAUUUUAAUUAAUAAAAAUAAGAUUUGUUGUGUCGAAA